CACUUGAUUAGGGGUGUUUACCUGCUUGCGAUGCGUUGCAGUGGCAUAGAGCUAAUCUAGCUACUGGAUGCUAACAAGUCUCUCUCUUUAUAUUGAGGAAAAAUACAAUAUCACAGUGGAAGACAGUUAGUCAGCCAAGUAUCGGACAAUAUACAUCGCAUUUUCACUGGAUUACUGCGCGUGAGGAGAUUCAUCCUUGCAUUUGUGUGUAACGUUAGCUAGCUUGUUAGUUAACAUCAAGCUAGCCUGUCAGACGGGCUGUUCGAAAGUGUGGUGAAACCAGAUGAACAAGUUUUAACCCUUUCUGACCACCAAAUGAAAUCCUAAAUAUCUCCAGGCCCAGCCUUCAGACAGGCACUAUGGAGGAGUCAGAUGUGGAGCAGGUGACCCUGGCCCUGCUGGAUUCAGCCAAUGACAAGGACCCAGUGGUCAGGGAGCAGGUCAGGAAGUCCAUACUGACCCUGGGGAAGCAGCAGCCUAACAAGGUCCUGUCCAUGUGCCAGGACUACCUGGUCAAGCACCCCAAGCUUGUCAUUGGGCACAGAGUUGUCAUACUGCAGACGAUUGAGCUGAUUGUGAAGACCAAGAUAGAUGAUAUCAGUUACCCGAAAAUCAAAAGCAUAAUUUCUUUGGCCUCCGAUGAAAUGACCCGAUCAAAGGAUGUUGUACCUGAUUGGCAACAGGCAGCCAGCAAUAUUCUGGUUGCUGUGGGAAACAAGUACAUCAAUGACAUCAUGGAGGAAAUCCUCAGCAAGUUCCAACCAGGGAUCCUGCCUCAUUUUUUUGUGGUCCAAACCUUAGCAAGCCUCUCUGAAUCCAAUGUUUAUGGUAUGGUGCCGUUUCUCAAUGCCAUCUUGGGCACCAUGCUCCCAAUGCUGGGCAUGGCCAAGCAGGACAACAUGAAGUGGGUGUUCUCCUCUGCUCUGUCCCACUUCAGUGAGAGUAUCCUGGAGUACCUAGCCAACCUGGACAAAGCUCCCGACCCGACGGUGAGAAAGGAUACGUUCUCCAGCGAGAUCUACGCAGCCUACGACAUCCUCUACUGCAGCUGGCUCCAGAGCAGGGAAUCCAAGCUACGACUGACAGUGGCAGAAGCAGUGGGAUCCAUGAGUCACCUGAUGGCUCAUGAUAAACUGGAGGAGCAGCUUCCCAAACUCAUUCCCACAAUCCUCUCCCUGUACAAGAAGAACACGGAGCAUUACGUCAUCAGUAAGAGCCUGUGUCAAGUUCUGGAUGCUUCUGUGAACAUGGGCAGCAGAGUUCUGGAGACGCAGAUCGACAGCCUGCUCACUACUCUAAACCAGCAGGUUUGUGCACCUGUUGACUACAGCAACCCACUGACGGUGAAAAAUCACAACGAGGUAUUGAGAUGCUUCAGCAUUCUAGCCAACACCUUCCCAGACCGGCUGGUCAUGUUUGUGCUUCAGAAACUGGAGAACAGUAAUGAGAGGAUCCGCAUGGGCUCCCUGGCUGUGCUCCGACACCUCAUCAACUCCUCCACAUCCAUUAUGGAGUCGAAGAAGCUUCUCAUCCUGGCCAGCAUCAGACAACCACUGGCUGACCACAGCAAUAAGGUGAAGAAGAGGGUUGUCCAGGUGAUCAGUGCCAUGGCUCACCAUGGUUACCUGGAGCUGGAGGGAGGAGAGCUGCUGGUCAAGUUUAUCAUCCAACACUGUGCUCUCCCCGACACCUACUAUCGUCCAGGCCAGCGCCCCAGUGACCCGGAGGAAGUGACCAAUGAGGCGCUGCGGAGCAUGUGUGACAACACACUUCACCUCUUCACUACGACAGUGGGACGCCUGACUGACGUCCUUUGGCCCAUGCUGCUGUACUACCUGACCCCAGGUCAGUACUCCAACGCCACCACACCGCUCUGUAAGAGCCUCACGCUGCUGGGAACCAAGAAGAGAGCCUCCCAGGAGCCCAACUUCAACAUCGACUUCAACGAGCAAGUUAAUCUUCCCUCUCCACAUAUACUGAUGGUGCGGCUCUUGGUGAAUGGUUCGUUCCCGUUCCGGAGUCGUGGCCAUGGUGCACCGUCUUUGUCUCUACUGAACGUUAUAAGUCCUAAUAUCCACCUUAACGCUGAGACACUCUGGGAGAAGGAGAUCCCUGCUCUCCUCAGCUACCUGGAAGAGUCUACCCCAGAAACACUAGACAACAAGAAAUGGGAAGAGAGUCUAUUACAGUUCCUAGCCAAAUCCCUGGUGGCCAUAGCUGAUGACAAGUGGAGCUGUCAGCUGGCUAUAGAGGCCACACGUUACCUGGCCACCUAUAACCAGUCCCUGGAAGAGAAGAGUUUCCUCUACAGGUGCGUUGGUGUGACUCUGCAGCAGUGUUCCAAUAAGGAGGUGGUCCAGAAGCAGCUACAGGAGAUACUGAUCAGUGCACGACACAACGACGCCAUCGAGAGAGCGGGUGUCGCCAUGGGGAUCGGGCUGUGUGCAAGCAGUCAUCUCGAUGCCACUCUGGCCAAACUGGACGACUUCGGGAAAUCUGACGCCUUCAAGAAAGCCUCAGGAAUAUUCAGCCUGCUCAAAGACAAGAAUGACUUGGAUGUAGAGAAGAUGAAGAGCACGCUGAUCCUGUGUUACGGUUACGUAGCGCUCCAUGCCCCAGAGGACCAGAUCCUGUCCCGCAUCGACUCAGACAUCCUCCGCAGCAUCAGUAAGCACUUCAACACCAAGGUUCUGGGAAUUAAAAUAGAGACCAAGGACCUGACCAUGAAGCUGAGUCUGAUUCAGAGUGUGGGGCUCAUAGCCAAGGCCAUCAGCACCGUCGUACGUAAUCAGGGCUACAUGUUCGUCCGCAAGCAGGAACUCAUGGGAGUCAUGAUGGAUUUUAUCAAGGCAGAACCCACGGAUGCCAUGCGGACUCCGGUUCGCCACCUUGUGAUGACCACGUGUGCCAACCUCAUUAACCUGGAGCCGGCACUGACGGAGAAUGAGAACUUUGAUAUGCUGCGGACGUGUCUGAACGGUGUGUACGGCCUUCCCCCGGUGAACACUCGGGACAAGGACAGGGGAAAAGACGAGGAGGUGCUGGAGCCCCAACAGAGAGAGGCAUUAUACAAAGACACCUUCGAUGCUCUUCAGGAGUUGUUGAGGAAUAUUCUGUCAAGAGACCUGAGUCCAGACGGACUCCAGAGUGUAUUCAAGCACAUUGAGGAGUGGUUGAGUUCUGGUCAGGGUCAUGAGAGGGAGAGGGCGAUGAACACCACCGCUCACAUCCUACAGUUCUACUUCAACAACCUCCACGUCAAAAACAUGGUCACCUUCCACAACCUGGGUUCUCUCCUGGGCCGCCUGGCCCCCCGAUGCACCGACCCCAACCCCCUGGUCCGCAGGGCAGCCAUCGACUGCAUCUACACCCUGCUCUACAUCCAGCUACGCUACGAAGGCUUCUCUCUGGACUAUAAAGACGACUCGGUGGAGAGACUGAUCACAUUGAGGGAGAGCAUGGACAACCCAGACCACUCUGUCCUCUACAAGACCUGCUCCGACCUGGCCAAGAUCAUCAGUAAGCGUCUGCCCCAGCAGCAGCUCAACACUCUGAUCUUCAUGUUGUUUGAGGGGCUGGUGGACUCCCAGUCUAACUGCUCCAGAGCCUCCAGUGUUCUACUCAACACCCUGCUGAAGAACAGAGGAGCUGGACUACAAGACCUGGUAUCAGAGAUGCUGGAGGUGCUUCACAGCCGUCUGCAGAUGAUCAGUGAGGAGCAGGUGAAGGUGUCUGUGGCCCAGUCCAUCCUCAUCCUGGCUACACAGCACCUCCAGACUGUCAUCAACACACUCAUCUCCUACCCCCUGCCCUUCGACAGUUGGAGCUGUGAGAUGUGGGUUGCCCUGGGGGCAGACAGUAAACUGGCCUCUCAGAUCAUGGAGAUGCUGAUGGAGAAGCUCAACGUCAUGGUGCCCUACGUGGACAAGAAGGAGUCCAUGAUGAGAGGAGGUCUCACCAAGGUGGCCACCAGUCACCCUCUAGCUAUGACCUGUGCCCUGAAGGAGAUGAUGCUGAACGGCCAGAGCCAUGAGGCGGUGGUGUCCCUGUUCCCCCAGCUCUUCAGCUCCCUGCUGGUCCGCCUGGGCUCCAGCGUGGGCGUCACACUACCCAAAGACAUCAACAGCUUCGGAACAAACAGGAAGAGCCCCACCAAACUGGGCGCCGGCUUCGACGUGUGCGGGGUAGCGGUGGAGGCACUGCGGAUCCUCCUGGCCCGGGCCCAGCUGGACGAUGUAGUGAAACCCCUGGACCAGGAGGGGGCCUGGGACAAGAUGAAGGACCCCCAGCAGCACAUCACCGGGGUCACCCUCCUCGCCAGGGCCAUGGCCAGGCACGCAGGCCCUCGUCUCCCGGCCAUAGUGGAGUGUCUGUGCCCCUGUCUCAACAACAUCUACGAGUGUCAGAGGGUCACUAUCACAGCCUUCUUCUCUGAGUUGCUGAACCACCACGUGGUGACAGAGCUGAUGAUGAUGGAUGUCCUGAUGAACAACAUGAUGGAGCGUAUCUCUGACCCCUGCUGUACCGUCCGCAUGCUGGCCGUCAGGGGGCUGGGGAACAUCGCUGUGGGAUCACCUGAGAAGGUAAAUAAAUAUGCCAAGGAGCUGCUGGCUGCUAUGAGCUCUGGGAUGGAGGAGAAGGACGACCCUGGGAAACGCAUCACUCUAGAGGCCAUGUCGGGCCUGUCCAAGGUGCUCCUCUACCUGGACAAGAAGAACGUCCAGCUGCUGGUCGUCUACAUCUUCAUGAAGAUCAAACCCUUCCUGGAGAGUGAGAAUGAUGAGAUCCGCUGUGCCUCCAUCAUGCUCCUGGGGAACCUGUCUAAGUUUGGUUCAGGAGAGCCUGUGUUCAAGGACCAGAUCCACAACGUACUGGUCAGCCUGCUGCUGCACCUCAGUGACCCCAACCUGCAGGUGGUCAAGGCGUGUAAGUAUGCCAUGCGAGUGUGUGCUCCGGUGGUGGGCUCAGAGCUCAUCACCACUAUGUUCCAGAACCAUCUCCACGAGGACAAGAGUCUGCACUACGGAGAGUUCAUCAACGACCUCACCAAAUAUAUUAUUCAAGACUUCCCUGGCAUGCUCAACUUCUACCACAUCACUGUCAUCCAGUUCUUCAAAAGCAACUGGGCCGAGGUUCGUGCCGGCGCUGCAAUGUUUAUCGGUUUCCUUCUGGGUAAUCUUCCUGAGGAAUUAUUUUCUCACAUCAACAUGGGGAGUGUGACCAAAGGUCUGGUCAUGCUGCUCCAGGACCCAGACCCAGUGGUGAGAGUCAAGGCAGCUGAAGCUAUGGGUCACUUCCAUUGAACAGACACACAUCCUGCCUGCCAUUCAUUACUUCAUUAGCUGUUUUAGAGUUGUUACUGUUUUCCAAGAAGAUGAUCUGGUACUUCACAUGUUGACAGUGCAACUUGAAUUAGUCCUUGAAAGUAUGUACUAGUGACCAAAGACUGUACCUCCAUGUAUAGAACAACAUGCAUAGCACUUUGGAGCAGUAUUAUGAAAUCUGAUAGUUUUGAAUUAGUCUUUUAGAAUGUUGACAGUGUGUUAGGGUUAGGUCAAUGGACCUGACCUCCGCUGAGCUUAGUGUUUAGCUGAAUUCCAAAUCGAGCCCUAUCCCCUCUUCCCUAGGCACUCCUGUAGACCUGAAUGGAUUAGAACGGUGUAGGUGAUAUGGUAGUUAGUUCCUUGGCCUGCUGAUGGGACUUGGCUGCUGGAUGGAAUCUCCACCAUAUUGGUUAUAACUAUCUGUCCCUUUCAGGUCAAGAGAAGGGGCUUGCGGGUAGGGGCUAGGGGUUGAUCUCCAGCCUCCACUCCAUUCACACUAGUCUAGUGGAUCAACCACUGAAACACACGUAGGGCUGGCACUAUUACCCUGUAACCCACGGUUAUGGAUGAAGACCGUAAAGAAAAUAACCGCCAUGACCGUAAAUAUGAUGUGUGCGGUUAAGUCCCUUUCUUCUGCAACAUGGACUCUUAACGGGAUUAAACUUUGUUGUAAUGUAGAAUGUGCAUUCAAAUGAAAACUGGUGUGGCUCAUGCAAUGGAAUGUACUGUACUUUUUGUAAUGUCUAUUGAGUUGAAUCACCAAAUCACAGCACAUAUUUUACUACCUGCUUUGGUCCUAUGGGUACACUCGCAAUGGCUGCCAGUCAACCCAUUAUGCCAACGUUGAGUUGAAUGGGGACUCCCGUUCUAUUCAUUGUGUUUCUAUGGCAGCACAUGCAGUCAGGAACGCAGGAGAAAUGUGCGUCUACAUUUAUUAAUUUGUAUUCUUUUUGCUAUUUGAACGGUUGUUACGGUGACCGCAGUCAUUUGGCUGACCAAAUUGCCGUCCUACAAAGUACCAUGACCGUCACAGCCCUCCACACAAGGAUGAGCAGUUAUCAGCCAUGUCCAAGGAGGCUGUCUGUCAGCAAGGAACCAAGGCCCAAACCAUCCCAUGUACCCGUUCUUACAGUUACUUCUGAGGCAGAAGGGUUUUCAGAGGCUCCAUUUAUUCUCAUGCUAGGAUGGUCUAACAACAGGACUGCAUCCUAAAACACUAUUGUAGCUAGUUCAGAAAAUGUCUUGAAGGAACAGGAGUUUUCUCCUGACCACAAGACCUCACCAGGAGGGGAGAAACAGGCCCUAGUUAUAUAGUUAUACAUUGAGGGCCCAGAGUUUCUAUUUGUCAGGUCAGGGGAAAUGCCUGGGUCACUUUCAUUAGGACCUCACAAUAGAAAAUUAAUCCGGGAAAUUCGUAUCGUUGGACUAGUCCAGAUAGUCCCUCCCCGUUUUCAGUCAGUUUUCUUCCGUUUGGUGCCUAUUGAACGUGACCCCUAGUCUGUAUCUGUUCUUCUUUACCCCAGGUACAACAUGUACGCAACCAGGCACUCCCGUGGAGUCGCUACAGUGCCAAAUAAUCAGACCUGGAUUUAAAUACUAUUUGAUUUAGUUCAAAAAUGGUGUUUACUUUAACCUGCCAGAGGGGCGGGGUUUGCAGUUUUGCCAGCGCUAUUCUAUUGGUUCCAUUGUGCCAGCAGGCAAGCAGAAUUAAGAACACCUAAAGUACUUGAAAUGAUUUAAAAUAGUAUUUGACCCCAUAUCUACAAAUAAUAGUUUUACUGGGUAGCUGCAUUAAGAUGGACGCAAUAACCUUUUCAUAUCUCUCCUUGUCUUAUCUCUCACCCUUUCUCUUAAAUGAUGGAAUGCACUUAACUUUUCCACUCUUAUCCGUUUCAUGUGAUUGGGUUAGGGUACUGAUUUAUAACAGGUUAUGAGGUCUUAAGCGAUGCCAUUCCUGUCAAGUAAGUUUUACGUUGCACUACUUAAUCAGUCUGUCAUUGUACACGGUGAAUGACACAUCCACAUGUUUUUGUUGUGUUACUGAUGGGUAGAGAUGUUUGUCUGUGGGAAAGUGCAGUAUAGGCACUAUUUAAUGUGUUGCCUACAUUGGGUAAAAUUCCUAGUAAUGAAGUACAGCUGGAUUGGACCUGUGUGUCUGUCAGUUUCUGGGGUGUUGAAGGGUUACUGAGGAUGAUGGCUGUUCUGUUGGACCAGUCUUUGUUAUUGUAAUAUGUUAAUGUGACGUCUUUCAGUAAUGGACAUGGGAAAAGUGCACUGUAUUGUGUAUGUACACCGUGUCCAUUUAAAAUGGAAAUGGGCCUUUGAUGAUGGCAAUCAUAUUUUAUUUUGAAAAUAAAGUGACGAAACCUUAAAAUAA